UCCAAUUAUUUUCUUGACUCUUUCCUUCAUAUUUGAUCCUUUCCCAUUCUCGUUCGUACCAACUUUUUCUCCAAAUCUAACACUCGGCGGAUUAUUUAGCAAAACAAAAAAGCUUUUUUUUUUUUUCUGUGUUCUUUUUGGAAUAUCUUUAGUAAGAAAUCGCGAUCUAUUGAGAAGAUUUUUGGAGAUAAAAAGAAGUCCAAAGAUCAAAAUUUUCUGUGGUAAGGUUAGGCUGGAUGGAGGAAUUGAAGAACUGGGUCUGUGGCCUGCAACAGGGUCAUGUGGUUAAGGAACAAGAAUUCAGUGUUCUCUUUCAGUUGUUUUGGUGUCCAACACUGAAACCUGGCAACUUCGUUGCUAGUCCUUGCUCCUUAGGAUGUGAUAUUUAAAGAGGUAUAUCUGAUAUUGGACAGCCAGCGUGUAAUGGUGAGGAGAGUGCUGUUGACUAAGCAGCAUGCAUGGUAGAAAAUGGAAGAAGGGACAGCCAAUCUUCAGUAGAUUGGUUCCACACAACAAAAUGAAGUGCUUGUGUUCUGGGGAACAACUGAAAGUGGAUGAAAUGAUUCGAUCGUCUGAGUCUGUCACUACCAAGGAUCUCUCAGCCAGUGGGUAUUCUUCUCAAAAUGGUGAGGGUGAGCAGAGGCUUGACACUAUCAACAUUGAAGAAGCUGAAUCUUCUCUCCGCGAGGGUGUACAUCUGAAUUACGAGGAAGCAAGAGCAUUGCUUGGAAGACUAGAAUAUCAAAGAGGAAAUACAGAAGCUGCACUUCGUGUAUUUGAUGGAAUAGACAUAGCUGCAAUAGCCCCUAAGAUAAAAAUAUCCAUUUCUAAAAGAACAGAACAUCGCAAGUUUCGUUCACACUGGGAUGUGCCACUGAUGUCCAUACAUGCCGUCAGUCUGCUUGUUGAAGCAAUAUACUUUAAAGCAAGAGCACUGCAAGAUCUUGGCAGGUUUAAAGAAGCUGCUCAAACAUGCAACAUUAUUCUGGAUACUGUGGAAUCUGCAUCGCCUGAAGGCCUACCUGAGAACUUUACUACUGAUUGUAAAUUACAGGAGACAGUGUGCAAGGCAGUUGAGUUGCUCCCAGAGCUAUGGAAGCUGGCUGGCUUCUCACAUGAAACCAUCUCAUCUUACCGGAGGGCCCUUCUUGGUCACUGGAACCUUAAUGCUGAGUCUGUUGCAAAGAUACAAAAAGAAUUUGUUAUUAUUCUUCUUUAUGGAGGUUGCGAUGCAAGUCCUCCUAACCUCCGCUCCCAAAUGGAUGGUUCUUUUAUACCUAGGAACAAUAUCGAAGAGGCUAUUCUUCUAUUGAUGAUUCUACUGAGGAAGUUUACUCUUAAGAGGAUUGAGUGGGAUCCAUCUAUCAUUGAUCAUCUCAUUUUUGCUCUAUCUAUAUCCGGGCAGUUAAAUUCUCUAGCCAGUCAGAUUGAAGAGUUAUUACCUCGUGUCUUGGAGAGGAAAGAACGGUAUUAUACCCUUGCAUUAUGUUACUUGGGGGAAGAUGAUAAUUUAACUGCAUUGAGCCUACUGAAAAAGUUAUUGAGUGCCAUGGAGGACCCAAACUGUGUUAAAGCAUUAUUGCUAGCUUCAAAGGUUUGUGGAGGGAAUAGUACUUAUGCAGAAGAAGGUGUUUCUUUUGCACGCAGGGCACUUUCUAAUUUGGAUAGAGGUUGUGAUCAAAUGGAAAGCGUUGCCAAUUGUUUACUAGGUAUUUCUCUUUCAUCUCAGGCUAGAUCUUCUGCCUCUGAUUCAGAGAGAGUUUCAAGGCAGAAUGAAGCACUUGAGGUUUUGGAAAGGGCUGAACGAAUGAUGCUUGGAAAAGAUCACAGGAUCUUAUUUAAUCUCUGCCUAGAAAAUGCUGAGCAGAGGAAGUUGGAUGCAGCACUUCGUUAUGCAAAGCAGCUUUUGAAAUUAGAGGCUGGAUCAAAUGUCAAGGGAUGGAUUCUAUUAGCUCGAAUAUUGUCUGCUCAAAAAAGGUUUGUUGAUGCUGAGACUAUAGUGAAUGCUGCCCUGGAUCAGACUGGAAAGUGGAGCCAGGGAGAACUAUUGAGAACUAAAGCUAAAGUUCAGAUUGCACAGGGGAAACUGAGGAAUGCAGUUGACACGUACACUCAUAUUCUUGCCACUAUUCAACUUCGGACCAAAAGCUUUAGUGUUGGGAUAAAGUCUUCAAAGGGUGGGAAAUGUGACAGAAGUUUGGAAAUAGAGACAUGGCAUGAUCUCGCUAACAUCUACAUAAGCAUGUCUCAAUGGAGGGAUGCAGAAGUUUGCCUUUCAAAAUUGAAGGGUAUUAGUCCGUAUUCUGCUUUCGGGUGGCAUGCCACAGGGAAGCUAUAUGAAGCAAAAGGCCUGCUCAAAGAAGCUCUAGGAGCUUAUACCAAAGCACUAGAUUUAGAGCCCACACAUGUUGCAAGUUUGGUCUCUAUAGCAACAGUUCUGAGACAGCUCAGCAAUCGACCAAUGCCUGUUGUGAGAGGUUUCUUGACUAAUGCGUUGCAACUGGACAGAACUGACCACAUUACUUGGUUUAAUCUAGGUCUUCUUUAUAAAGCUGAGGGUGGCAGAUCAGUACUUGAGGCCACUGAGUGUUUUCAGGCUGCUGCUCUUCUUGAAGAGACCGCACCAGUCGAGCCAUUCAGAUGACAUCUUUUAUCUAAUGGAGGAAUUUUAUCCUGUAAGCUAUUGUACAGCUACAAGGGUACUUUCAUUUUCUGAAAAAUAUGAUCAUUUGCAGUUCAGGGAUCGUGGCUUUCUGGAACAAUUACAGCAUAUUAACACUUUGAGAGGACUUAAACAUGGUGGGACUUCAUUGUUCACAGUUGUUUGCAUUUUUCUGAAAUAAAAAAGGCAUUUUUAAGGUUUAAUAAAUGAGAUGUCUUAUUCUUGUUGCAGUAGAUUAUAGUUGAAGUUUGAUUCAGAAUGUGAACUGAACUAAAGAUGAUGAGCUCAAGAAAAAUAGGUUCGCAAUUCAGGCUGUGGAGUAGUUUUGUUGAUAGUGUGUGGUGAAACAAAUUGAGAUAAAAAGAAAUAUAAUACUGGGAACUGAAUAUUUAUAGCUGGAUACUCUUGAAAAUGAAGAAUCGCCCACCUCUUUCAGAAUGCACGGGCUAUAUAUGUGUAAACUAUAUGAAUUUGAACUUCCAACUUCUAAAGCAUCAAUUAAUUCUUUUCUUUGGAUGUAAAUUUAAAAAUGUCAUUGCUUGCUUAUGUUAGCUAGCAGAUAUUCAUGCUAAUGUCUGGAAGUGGUCUUCUCUUUUUACUGUUUUUUGAGUUCCUCAUUCAUUAGCCUGCACACGCACCAUGUCACAUGGACCCAUUGCUUUCUUAAGGGUCUCGCUGCAUUAAUCCUGGAAAAGCCAAUUCCUGAGCUUGUCAUUCUUCUGUUUCAUGCAAAAUACCUGGAUAAAAUGUUUAACAUGGUCAAGGUGCGUCCAUCUUUAAUGUCCUAACAAUUAAUAUUUUUGUUACUUGUUCAAAUAAUAUCAUUUUAUUCGAAUAGACACCAUCAUCUCCUGGACCCAUCAUGAUUUGACAUCACUGAAUGUGGAUUGUCUAUAGAUACUGAAACUUGGAAAAAUAAUUUCUCAUAUUAAAUUGAGUUAUAGCCUUAAAGGCUCCACAAGUCCACAUGCUUGUUCUCAAUUCAUUUGGGACAAAAAGAAAUUACAUUUGAGAUAAGGAGGUUAUAGGGGAAUUUUCUUUAUGCUUGAUGAUCUGCAGAUACCUUGCUACCUUAUCAGCUUCCACAAAAGAGAGUUGGAAAGGCAACUAGAAUUUUCCCAGGUAUGUUAGUUCACUACAAAAGUGUGGGCAUAAUCUCUCUCAAAGCAGCUUGAUUUUCUCAAAAAGAGAAAUGUAGGGCUUGCAUUUGUAUAUAGAGAGAAUUAGGAAUCUGCUACUACCCUUGAUACAGGGAAACCUUUCAUUUGGAAUAAGAUAAAGUGAAAAUGUGAAUAAGGACUCUUCAUGGGGUAAGUCUGUGGAAAUCUCAAAUCGUUGUGUAAAUGUGCCCUCUUGCAGUAGUUUAUAUCCCAAUGCAAAUACUUCUGUUUAUCUUUUCAAGUGAUCAUAUCUUGAUCCGAGUGCAAGACAUGCAUGCAUUUACCACUAAAUGGACCUUUUCAUGCAGUGAGAAUAGUUGUGUUGCUUUCUAAAUAUUUAUUUUUUUUUCUGACUUUUAAUUCUUAUAAAUACUAUAAAAAUGUUAAGAUUAUGGGAAGGGAAUACUGGAUCGAGAUUUGAACUGUCAACUUGUAAAAUGUGAUGACUGAUAUUGAUGGGAUGUUGGUGAUGAUGCUCUUAUGAUUUGUUUGGGUAGUUAAAAAUAUUCAUGUUAUAAUUCCAGCCGGUAACUUAGUUGCAUCUUAGGGCUUUCUUCUUUGUGAUUUCUUCAUGAUUCCCAUAUGCAGAAAAACCUUGGUGCUGUUAUCAUGAACAAACCUUGGAUGAAGGAAAAGAUUGGUUCUUUUUCCUCUUGUACCUCCUUGCAUUGCAGAGGUGUGUGUAGAAUUGAUAUUAUGAACCUAGGGAUGUAGGUGAUGAGUGGGAGGAAGAGGCAGUGGUAGUGAUGCAUUGGGUAGUGUGGCUAAGAUGGGUGUUGGAGGUGGUGGCCUGUGGACAUGUGAUGUGACCAAGGUGGGAUGAGGAGAGCGAAAGGGGAACAUGAAGGAGCAGAGGUUGAUCGUGGUAGUGGUGGUCAGGUGAUGGCAGUCGGGAAAGGAUGGAGGAGGUGGAGAGGCCACUGAUGGAGGUUGACCUCGGUUGGCAGCAGCACGCGCAUGAGAGAGAGAGAGAGAUGACAGCAGUGAUAAUGUUGAAGGUUGGGGUGCCUUGGAUGCUAGACAUGUCCUAGAAAGAGAAGAGAGCAAGAUUUGGCUGCUUGAUGGGCAAAAGAAAGAAAAGGGGUUUAAGGAAGGCUCAACACUACCAGGUUUUUUUUUUCCUAAACAUUCUCAGUCCUCUAGGAUUCAGGCCAAUCCUACCUUAUGCCUCUGUCUAAAUUGGCCCUAGUGGGUUGUGCUGGUGAUGUAAAUACUCCUUUCUUUCUUCGUCAUAUAUGACUUGGGUUGUGCUAUAUUUUGUUUGAGAUGGAUUUGUAUAUAUAAUUAUUAUUGUUGGCUUUGUGUUAUCGUGGGUGCUGCCUUACGGUAGCAUGGUCGUGUUAUAUCCCGGAUUUGGGUUAUAUCUACAUGGGUGAACUUAAUCCAUGGUCUAUAUAGAUUAGAAAACAUUACAGCAUGGGACAUUUGAGGUGACCAUAAGCUGAUCGUGGUAUUUAUGAUUGGAUUAGACCCCUUAACCUGGCGAGGAUGUUAGGGUUUAAACAUAACCAGUAUGUGAGGAUCUAUGCGAACAUGUAUUUAGUGCCACAAUGAUUGUGUGGUAGAUAAAUCUUAGAUACUUAUAUAGAGCUAAGGAACCUUAAUAACACCUUCCGGCUAGUCUUUUUGGAUCCUAGGUGGUUACAGAAGGCUUAAAUAAAUAAAAGGAUAUGAUAAGAUCAUAUUAGGAUGGAAGUUACUAAUCUUAUAGAUGCAAGAUUUCAGCUUUUUCAUUUUGGACGUCGUUUUGACAACUGAUAUCAUAUUUUUGUGGAGCAAAAAUGAAUCGGUAAUUUUAGACCUUAAGUUGUAUAGUUUGACAAUAAUUUCUUCUUUGUUAGGGUGCAUCCAUGUUCUGCAAGGCAAACAAAUGGCAGCGGUUUGAAUCAAUACCGUGGAUGGUUUGUGGGAUCUAGCAUAUAGAGUUAUAGACAAUCUAUUAAGUGAAAAUACAUAAUUUAUCGUUGGUUGAUUGCGGUUGGAGAUAAUUGGACCAUUAUAUCUUAAUCAUAUUGGUUUGCUUAUGUAUUAUUUAAUAUCAGAAAAUCUUGGUUUAUUGUGAACUUCAGGCAAUAGAAAUGACUUAUUGGCUCAAUCUUCUUCUCUGCUUAGAAUAGUAAAAUAUUAAAAGUUGAAUCAUCCAGCAUUUGCUUUUGAGUAUAUAUCAGGAUAUCUUGAGAUUUCCACAGCUUUAUUAGCGUAUGACUGCCAAAUUCUUUUGUUCUCCAUGAGCGAUGUUUGUGGCUUGCUUUUGAUACUUCCCAGCAAAACAUAUAGUUCUGUGAGCCCCUUCGAAACUUGUAGGCCUUGCAUGGGUACAUAAAGAAGACUGCUUUGAUUAAUCAGGAAGAAAGUCACUAAAUGAAUUUUUGAGCUUUUCAGUUCAAUAAUUGUUUAUAUUAAGUGAUGGAGGAUGUUGGCAGCAGCCAUUGAGGACAUAUAAAAGGCAUUCUAAGACUAGUUCUAGUUCUCAGCCUUGAUUUGGAGUAUAUUGGAUGAUGUGGGGCUCUCUUGGAAUCCUGCUUAGAGUCAAUUAGUCAUUAUAGAAUCUUAUUUUAUGUUUUUCAUUAGUAUUAUAAUGCUCAUUCCUUUUUAUUAACAUUUUCUUAAGUUUUUAGAGUCAGGGGUAAUUUUUGUAAUUCUUCAGAUUUUCUGGACAAGGGCUGACAUCUGGCUUAUGGGCCAUAUGUUAAGUCUAUUUAUGUCUUGGGGCUUUCUUUCUGGUCUUGAGUUUGGGUUUUAUUAGUCAAAUUUAUAGAUUUGUUAUUUGGAGUUCAAGUUCUAGUAGGAGUAAGAGGAUCAGAACUCUAUAAAUCGGGCUGUAAUCUCUCAUUAUCAAAAAGAGGUUGUCCCAGUUUCAGAGAUUUUCCCCCAGCAAUUAUGCUUUCUUUUAGAGUUGUGUGGUGCAAUUCUAACCCUAGUUGUGAUGCCUACAGGAUUGUAGGUGUGAUGCCUUGAAAAUCUGUCUCCUUUAUUCUUUUUCUUUUGUUACAACACCCUAAAACCUCAAAUUCAGAUCUGGUUUCAUCUCCACUAAACCCUAGCUACCAAAAGCAAGAAACCCAUAGUUAACCAUCCAUCAAUUAGCUUUCAAAUUCACAAAACAAACAAAAAUUUUGAUUGCCGUUUAUGUACUUCCAGCUCACAUAACAUGCUCAAAACUUCAUCUUUUUGUCUCUAGUUUGCACCCAAAUUGCUCCCCAUCCAUGUACCAACAUAAACCUGACCUUCUUACAUAAUUUCCAUACCCUUUUAGCCCAGAACAACCUAUUAAAUAUCCCUGAAUUUCCCCUAGUUAAGGCUGUCUUACAUCAUUAAGUGGUGAUCUCAUUGAUUGUACUUGCUGUCGGAAGUUACAGAAGGAAAGAGAUAUAAAAUCAUUCUUGUACUUCAACGGAAGAUAUGUACUUCAAUAUUCUUCACACACUGACUUAGAAGCAUGAACCAAAUUGAACUUGAACUCAAAAUGUAUGUUAGUCACCAUCUGCAUUGAUUGCAUGGUGUGAGUAAUAGAGAGGGAAUGGUAUGAAGGAUCUUCAAAUAUAAAGUUGCAGAUUGGAGCUGGAUCAGACACAAGGUGCAGUUUAUUUUUCUAUUAGUUUUAUGGUGCUUCAAUCACUAUAUGGAUCGGUAAUUGCCAUGGAUUCUUCAGCAUGCGGAUCCAGCUACCAAGGACAGAACAAUUUACAAGAUUUUUAGCUCUCUGCAACCAAACAGAGCCUAAGAGUGUUACUGGUAGGCCAACAAGAAAUUGGUAGUAUUUGUUCAGAGCUUGUAGAAGUGGGUUUCUGUAUAUAUGCACUCCAAGAUGGCAAGAGAAGCCCAAAACGCAAGUUCCCAUCUACUUCAAGAAAAAUUCACUGUAUGAAGUAAAAUUCCAGGUCUGCUUUGUGACUCUGGGGCAACAACAACUAUAACUUCAAAGAAAGACUCUUAGGCAACUACAUUAUAGUUCAAAAGGAUUCCUUCGAAGGAGACUCGGAUUGGAUUGCUGCAACCACUCCAGCAUGGCUUCAUCCAAUUUUUUUGCAUGGGAUUUUGAGCCUCGCAGCAACACACAUCAUAGUUGUAGUUGAUAUUGAAGGUUAGAUGAAUUUUGGGUUGUCAACAUUGGAUGAGAAAAUCCAAUCCUGCAUGUUACGGUCCAAUAAUUGUUAAUUAGCUUUUCCGAAUUGUUCAUUUCACUUAUUAUACAAGAAGUAAAUAUGGUUUUACUGA